CCUUACUUUUGUGCACUUGCACGCUGUGCUGUGUAAUGUAAUUUAUACUGUAAGAUUGGCGUGAGCAAUAACUUUACAAAUAAUCAGUCGGUGAUAAGACGUCGAGUAAUAAAGACGUACGUUCGUAAAGUAAUACUUUACAGUAUUUUCAUAGCUGACGUGCUAUUAACGUGCGAUCUACGUUAAAAAAAAUUCUAAUCAAUUACAAAUAACAAAAUUUUUCGCCUAAAAUGCACAACGGAACUACAAAUGGGUGUCCAGAAUAUUUCGAUCUCAAGGAUAUGCCUCACAUUAUUAAAGCAUUGGACAGAAAUCAAAAAUUAGAACCCAACAUUCUCCAUGUAAUCGGCAACACUCCUUUAGUGAAAUUAAACAAAAUACCCAAAAAGGAUGGAUUAUUAUGUGACAUGUAUGCAAAAUGUGAAUAUUUGAACCCAGGUGGUUCUAUAAAGGACAGAAUUGCAUAUAGAAUGGUGUUGGAUGCUGAGGAAAAAUGUAUUUUAGUACCAGGGAAAUCUGUGAUCAUUGAACCAACUUCAGGAAAUACUGGCAUUGGUUUAGCUUUAGCUGCAGCAGUGAAAGGAUACAGAUGUAUCAUAGUUCUGCCAGAGAAAAUGUCAGAUGAGAAAGUAAACACUCUACUAGCAUUGGGGGCGGAGAUCAUCAGGACACCCACUGAAGCUGCAUCCCAUGACCCUGACAGCAAUCUCAUGGUGGCCAAAAGACUUGCUAAGGAGAUACCAAAUGCUGUUAUGCUGGAUCAGUACAAUAAUGCUUGCAAUCCGUUGGCGCAUUACGAUGGUACCGCUGAGGAGAUUCUGUGGUCACUGGACGACGACGUGGACAUGGUGGUGAUAGGAGCGGGCACGUGCGGCACCGUGUCUGGCAUCGGACACAAGAUCAAAGAGCGAUGCCCCAAGUGUGUCAUAGUUGGUGUUGACCCCCUCGGCUCAAUACUCGCUGAACCUGAGGAACUCAACGACAGUGAUGUUGGCAUGUAUGAAGUUGAAGGCAUCGGUUAUGAUUUCCUGCCAAAGGUACUAGACAGGAAGGUAAUAGAUAAAUGGAUAAAAACGGAAGACAAGGAAUCACUAGCCAUGUCUCGACGGCUGAUAAAGGAAGAGGGACUACUUUGUGGCGGCAGCAGUGGUGCUAUAAUGUGGGCGGCGACGCAGGCGGCCAAGUCGCUGAAGGCGGGUCAGAAGUGCGUGGUCAUCCUGCCCGACAACAUACGCAACUACAUGACCAAAUUCAUCUCCGACCAGUGGAUGGAGGUCCGUGGCUUCAAGCCCGUCAUCAAGCAUGAUGAACUGCCGUAUGUAGUCUGUUUAAGUUAUAAAGGCUCAUAUACAAUCAACUGUAGCUUAAUUGUGUAGCCUAUACAUACAUGG